GUACCCACCCUAGUCACACCCUGACCUAACCAAACUAUAUAUAGAAAACAGAGAUAUCUAAGGUCAGGGCGUGACAUAUUACAACAUAAAGCCAUACAUUAUGUUUUAAACAAUUAGGUAGACUUGUAAUUCAUGUUUGUUCUGCCAGUCUGUUCCCAGGGAGCAUCCAUCGAUAUCAUGAUUAUUCUGCCCACCUCUGAAUAUACAUUUAAUUCACCCCAACCCUGGAUCUCUGUGUGAUGCGCGAGAAUGAGCUUGCUUUGUCUGUAUUGUUUCUGUUUCCAUAUUCCAGGCUUCCCAGAUGUGUCGGUGAGGAGCAACAUGGUGUCUGGUAAGGAGGGGAACAGCACCACUGCCGAGUGUCUCUACAGUGACAUCAUGGAUGACAGUGAGAAGAUGUGGUGUUGGAACGGGAAACCUGCAGGGAACUGGAGCUCCUGCUUGACUGCAGAGGGAGAGCAGGCGUCUCAGGACCGCAUGGAUUUGAUCAUCACUACAUGGAGUCGCACCUUCACUGUGACAAUGAGACAUCUGGAGAUGAACGAUAACGACUGCUACUGGUGCAUAGCAGGAGACAAGCAGAUCCCGGUGUACAUCUCAGUCCUCAAUGCAUCUAACGCAUCAAUAUCUCCUCCAACCAUGAAUCUGAUUACUUUCCCUUUGGUCUUGACUCUGAGAGCAACGGAGGAUGAUGACUCAAGGUGGAGGUGA